CAGUGAUUCGCCGCCGGGAGCCUCGUCGUGUGAGUCAUUCAGCUCCAGCGAGCAGCUCCGCCGAGUGUCGGGAUGUGACCCCGGAACAGGACGCCUCUUCUCUAACAACACACCAUUCAAAUAAAACGGACCCAAUAAAGGGGCUGAUCUCGAUCAGGAGAGAACCACAGGAUUCGGCGGGAUGAACCGUGAGCAGGGUCCCGCCAAGUCGCCUGAGGAGAUGUACAUCCAGCAGAAGGUGCGGGUGCUGCUCAUGCUGAAGAAGAUGGGAUCCAAUCUGACGCCGAGCGAGGAGGCCUUCCUCCGAAACUACGCAGGUGUGGUCCACAGCCAGAUGAGCCAGCUGCCGCAGCACCCCAUCGACCAGGGUGCUGAGGAUGUGGUGAUGGCAUUCUCAAGGUCAGAAACCGAGGAUCGCAGGCAGUGACCUCUGGUCGCCAUGUCGCCACCCCGCCGCUGGACGGGAGAGUGGGCGGGGCAUCAGCGACUGGAGAGGGAGACAAUUGGACGGCCCGGGGUGCUGACUGGCAUCCUCCUCACCCCACUCCAAUCCCCUUCUCUCUCCUUCUCCUCAUUCUGCUGUCCUUCACACCAGCCAUCACGCUGCGUUGGACUGUCUGUGGGGGGCGGGGCUUUUUGUUGGACCGCUAAAUGGGGCGGAGCGAGUGCAUUGGCCUGUGUUGUGUGUGAGCCUGGUGUUCCUUUUGAAACUUGCACAUCAGACAUUGGUCUGAACAAGUCUAGAGCAGCAGCAUUAGCUGAAGGUAAAGAUGACUUUGGAAGCGUCUGUGGAACAUUUAUCAGUUUAUGGGGAGUGUGUGUGUUUAAUCCCCGGUGUCCAGCCCCCCAGUUAAUGUCGCUUUUUAUGUCUUUAAGGGAGAUGUCACUGGAAGGUGUCACGCUGUGUAUGUCGUCGUAGGUUUUUUUAUUCGGUUUUUAUUUAGUUUGGACGCCUAGUGCAUUGAAGUUACUGGCUACCUGUCGUGACACAGACUUGCUCUGCAGCCUUUGUGCCCCUAAAAGCACAAGAAAGACAUUUGCAUGUCAUUCUUGUUAAAGAAACAGACAGACAAAGGACUGCAGCACACAGACCCGUGUGUGUGUGUGUGUGUGCGUGUGUGUGUGUGCGUAUGUGUGCGUGCGUGUGUGUGCGUGCAUGCAUGCGUGUGUGUGUGUUUGUGUGUGUGCGUGUGUGUGUGUGUGUGUGUGUGAUUUGUAUCGUUCCAUCACCUCUGCGGGGUCCAUGUAUCCGUGAAAACACCUUUUUAAUUGUAUAAAUGAGUGUUGAGAAAUGAACGAACCGUUUUGUGCCGAUUGUGUUUUAUUAUCUUACUGAAAAACAAUCAUGACGGUUUUAAGCGUGUUUGAAGAUUGUUGUAGGGUCUAAUUUAAUAAUUUAUUGAUUGAUUUUUCCUUUAAACACUCGAGCUGUGUUAGAAUGUUUUUCCCAUGUGAAACGGAACCUUCACACUGCACGUGUAUCAAAGUGCAUCGUUGUGGAGACUAAAGGUAUAAAGAGGGUUUCGGCACAGUUCAUUCAGCAUUAAUAGAGCAGGAGGCACGGUUUAUGGGCGGAGCUCAAGGUUUCUUCCAUUGACUGUGUACAACAACUGGUCCAUUAUACAAGUAGGAACACUGACACUACAGCAGUGCCUCUCAGAUUACAGACUACAAACACACUGUCUGUGAAAGGGGACGUCUUUUUGUUUGGUCUUGUUUUUGCUUCCAUAUAACCUGCAGUAUAAAAGAAGGUGGUCUACUUUGGAUAUCAACUUGAUUCUAACUGGAAUUAUGUUUUAUUUUUUUAAUCUGCCUUCGUUGUGCUGAUGUUACUCGAUGCUCAGUAAUUGAUAUUUGCACGUAUUUUUAUGUCACCUAGCUUAAUAAAUUUGUUAUAAAUCGAGGUAUUAUAAGCCUGGCAAACUUGGUUUAUACUGCAUAUCGAAAAAGACCCAGUGAAGGUCUUAUCCAGUGACCUUUUUCAGUCUUGAGGAGACGAUAAACUGCACCUCAAAGGCCUUUUUUUCUCUGCUAAAGGAAACCCCAUUUAAAUCCCCGUAGUCCUGCUUUGUCGGUAACCUUUGAAUGUACUAGCAAUGUUAUUUUUUUGUCUCAUGACAUAUAGCCAAACACGUUUCAUUAACGUCAAACAAGUCUUGCCACGUUUACUGUCUUUGCAUAAACAUUUUACUUGCUGUUCUUUCCCUAUUUUUUCUUUCAUUUUGGCCAUGUUUAGUUUUAUGUUAUUACUCUAAAUUUGAUUAUGUGACUUUAUCCCGCAUUUCUCUGUACUGAACAGUCAUUGUGUUAGGGUGCCUGUUAAUAUAUAUAUAUAUAUACUAUUUUUUUGUAUCCAGUAUAAUUUUUAUUAAGCAUGCCCUUCCUUACUACUUAUUACUAGCUGUGUACCUUCUAAUGUGACGAGUUGUUGAUUCUUAUUGCUUGAGUUUUUCUUUUCCUUUAUUCUGUUUUUCUUACCAGUUUAAUGUUAGUUGUUUCUCUAUGCCUUCUGGAGAAUUUAUAAAUGCUUCCAAAAACUAUAAAAUCGAAACCAUAAAGAUACAAGAAGCAUUUGAUUUGUUGGGGAGAACAUGGAUUUGCGUUGGUAAAUGCUGUUACUGAAGCCUGUUUUGUACUUCAGACAUUUGUCCAUAUUAAAGUCGAACGGCAAAAUUCAAAACCUAAAAAACAUUUUCUGUUGUAAUUGAGCGCUAUUAAAUAUUUUCAGAAUUGAUGCAUGAACUAAUCACUGGAAGAGUUUCAUUGAAAUUCAACGUUUUAAUAAAUCCUGUGUUUCUUGAAA